AUGCUUCUCUCCAAUCUUGAUUUUUACCCAACCUUGAAAUUUUUUGUUCCGACAUUAGGUACUUCUAUUGUCUAUCGUAUCAUUUAUAAUUUAUACUUUCAUCCUCUAGCAAAGUUUCGUGGCCCGUGGUACACAGCUUGCUUCUCUCUUCCUCUAGCAAUUACUUCAGUAAAAAGAUGGGAGCAUCAAUGGGUAUUUGAUCUGGUCAAGAAGUACGGAAGGGAUGCACCAAUUCGUGUUGCCCCUGAGAUGCUCCUUUUUCCAAGACCAUCCGCAUUGAAAGAGAUAUAUUGGGAUCGAAGUCUUAACGAAAAGUCUACUUUCUAUGGCACUGGUCUUUUUGGUCCACCGAAUUUAUUUACUACCCUUUCAUCUGUCGAUCAUACACCUUUAAGAAAAGCAUUAGGAGCUGGACCGUGGGCACUCGGAGAAUUGCGAAAAGAUUGGGAAAAAAGCAUGGAUAGCCAAAUCCUCCUUUUCACUAAGGUUAUGAGUGAAAAGGCAAAAGCAGGUGAAACAGUUGAUCUUUGUGAUAAGGUAGCACAAUUCUCAGCCGAGAUAAUGACUGUCUUCUCAUUUAAUCAACCAUGGGGCUUCGUGAAAGAUAGUCGAGAUGAACGAGGAUUACUUCAUAGCUGGAGAGAAGGCCUUGAUUUCAUUGGUUUCUCGGCCAGAUUCACCUUUUUUCGAAAACACGUUCUCAAUCUUCCAGGAGUUGCUUCAUGGGCAUUACCAAAGCCCAGCAUUCAACGUGGUAUGGGACAUCUGAUUCAUGAAGCCGAUCGCGCCAUCACACAGCGCGAAUAUGAAAUAUCUCAGGGCAUAUAUCCAGAGAAACCGGACUUUUUACAACAUUGUCUUGACGCAAGAAUCAACGACGAGCCACUUACUCCCCUACAAAAACGUUCCCACGUGACUCUUCUCAUCCAAGCCGGCGCUGACACAACCGGUACUGCCCUUGGCGCCAUUAUCCGGUUCUUAGCAACAACACCUGGUUGUUAUUCUAAAGCGUUGGCUCAAAUUCGUGAAGCCGAAGCGAAGAACUUACUUUCAACGCCAAUUCAGGAUGAAGAAGUACGAGCUCAUCUUCCAUAUCUAAUUGGUUCUGUCAAAGAAGGCAUGCGCUUAAAUCCCAGUGUAUCUAACUGGCUUCCGAGAGUUGUUCCGCCAGAGGGGAAGCUGAUUGAUGGAUUUUUUGUGCCAGGGGGGACGGACAUCACGUGUCAGGCUAUGGUCGUACAAAGGGAUCCAGUUUUGUUCGGGCCCGACCCAGAUGCCUUCAGGCCAGAGCGCUGGAUGGAAGGUAAAGAUGUAGAACUAGAACAUGGUAUGUUUCUUUUUGGAAUGGGGCCAAGAGGUUGUUUGGGAAAAGAGAUUGCAUUGAUGGAAACCCAUAAGUUGAUUUCCGAGAUUGUCCGACGUUUUGAUAUCGAAGUCUUCAAGGAGGGAAUAUAUACUUCCGCAGGUGGAAUAUCAUACAACGAGGACUUCAUUGUGAAAAUGCAUCCACGGACGGUGGAUUGA